GAUACAGACGAGAUACACCGUUCACUCGAUAGUGUUUUGAGCGCUGGAAACUUAAAAAGAGUUGUGCCAAUGGAGCGGCCGUUGCCCCCUCGAGAAUCGGGCCGUUUCGUAGCCGAAAAGAGCAAAGAUGUGUUUGUGGACGAGGAGGGCGUUAAAAAGACGGCAGAGAUGUUGUACGCGCUGAGGGACAGCGAAGUGUUUCAAACAACAGGGUGGAAAAAAAUGAAUCCUCUUGCCCCCUCACCAGACACAGACGAUGCCAUUAACUGGGUCUUCGUGGUAGAUACCAUGAAUUUCUCCUUCUGGCCAGAUCAGCCGGACCAGGAAUGUGAAGUCAAAUGCCGGGGGACCACCUACCGCGGCUAUAUGGCCUUGUGUGCAGCCAUUACUAGGGCCAUGGAUGAAGGUGUGCCAAUCACGGACGGCACGUAUUUCUCUCAGAUGACUUUGAAGCAGCUGGAGCACGUUUUGCGUUCCGACAGCGCCACGCCCAUGCCCAUGCUCCGGGAACGCCACGCUGCGCUCACCGAAGCCGGGCAUGUCCUCAUGCAGCACGGGGGCUCCUUCCGCCAGUUUAUGAGCCGCGGAGAAAACGACGCUGAGAAGAUGGUCAGUUACAUCGUAGAGAACCUGCCCUCGUAUCGGGAUGAGGCUACAUUUGAGGGCAGGCGGAUAGCCUUUUACAAGAGGGCCCAGAUUCUAGUGGCUGAUUUUUGGGGGAUUAUGGAAGCCCGUGGGGAGGCGAACAUCCCUAAUCUGGACUACCUGACCAUGUUUGCGGACUACAGGGUUCCACAGGCCCUCGUUUACCUGGGAGCUCUUCGCUACUCUGACUUGCUCAUGGAAUCCCUGAAAAACGGAGAGUUGCUGAGUUCGGGCGACAGGAGGGAAGUGGAGAUUCGUGGGUGCUCGAUAUGGAGCGUAGAGAGAAUUAAGACUCGCCUCUGUGAGCUUAUUGAGGAAAGGGACGGCAAGAAAUGUCACAUCAACUCGGCUCUCAUCGACUUCUACCUGUGGCCUUACGCCAAAGAGCAUCACAAGGAAAUGGCCCAUAUACCCAUACACCAUACACGCUGCAUCUACUACUGAGAGACCCUCACUCAUGCAAACUCUGUAGUGUGAAAUUAGGCGAAAUUUCUCAUGAACAUCCCAUGGCAUACAUAUAUACGUUGUAUACAUUCCUUUUCAAAUACUUGAAUAAAACACUUGUUUGUGUUAUCUUC